UGUCGCGUAACACCGAGGAGAUGUUAAAUUUUGCAGCAAGAUUAAAAAAGAAAUUAGCUCUCUUUUGCCAGUGUUGCGAUGAACGCCUCCAAAAAUAAGAAUUUGAUCGGAUGGUAAAACAGCGGAUGCAUGACCCGAUCUCGGGAAAGCUUGGCUCGCGCUACUUAUUUUGCGUUGUGACCAUGGGUAUAUAGACUUGUCAUUGUUCUUUGUAAGUUUUGAGAACAACGACAUUACGGCUUUUGGACGUUUGCGAUUAAUGAUGAAAAGUAAAUUUAAACUGAGAAAAUAUCAAGCAAGGUUUCGGAUUGGUUGCGCGUUAUCUCCCCUUCCUUCCUUUCUUUCUUUCUUUGAUUGUGCGUUUUGUCGGAUAGCCUGUGAGUGUUUGUGUGUUGAAAGAAAAGUAACGAAAAAAAGGGAGGAGAAGAAGAAAGAAGGAAUCUACAAUUCUAGAGAUGAAAGGGAAUAUUGAGUUUUGGUAACACACAGCUGUUGCGUUGUGGAAUAAUAGCACGAGCAAAAAAAU